AACGCGCGGUCCGUGGAGCCGCCGGCGUUUGGCCCCUCAUGGCCAAGCGGCGCGCAGAACCGUUACUAUGUCACGUGGCCAUCAAGCGGCUUCUGCGCGAGCCGCCGCCGCUGCUCCGUGCUGCCGCACCCGAGCAGCGUCCCCGGGGCGAAGGGGUGGGUGCCUACCCUGCCGCUCCGAAGCGGAAGCUGGAGGAGACUGAGGUGCCGCCGGGAAAGCGGCCCGGGCUGCAGCGGAGCAGCCCCCGCAGGGAGAAGGUGGAUGCGGAGGGCAGUCGGCGCGGCGAGACCACGGCGCUCGAGAACGAGCGGACGGCAGAGGGAUGCGUCGGUGGCCGAGCCAAAUUGCAGACCGCCUCCACUGAGCAGAAGGAAGAAUUCUGUCAGUAUAAUUCAUUCCUGUACUGGAGAGCACCUUUGCCCACUGUUGAUUUGUCUGAUAUUCAGAACCUAGAUGGAGAGUCUCCACCAGAAGCUAAAAUUCCUUCAAGGACUGAUACCAUGGAGACUGAAAUGGAGACCUGAUCAGUUAUUUCGUAGUUGUACAUCUAUUUGCAGGAAACUUGUUUCUGUCUGGAUUCAGGUUUUUCUACUGGGGAUAAAAAUUAGCAUGGUUCUGCCUUCUUGAAAAAAACAGUGUUAUGUCAGUCUGCAAAAGCAAGUCUUGAGUUGUCUGAGUGGAUGCAAUAAUCACUGUUACGUACUUAUUGUUAAGAUAUCUGGAGGUGUGCAGUGUGAAGGAAGCUGUGACGUCCAGCAAGAAUGCUUGAAAAUGAAGAUAGGCUAAAAGAAGAGUACAGAAAACUAGAACUUUGGGAUGCAAUUAAAAGAAAUG